CCUGCAGCGGUGCGAGGGUUAGUGUGCGGCGCUACUGUCAACAUCGCAAGAAUAGCGGGCAGGUAAAUGCCGGUUAAACUAACUUUCUGCCCCUGAAGGACCUAAGAAACAUUUGCUGUCAUUUGAAAGUUUCGAGGAGUGCACGUCUCAACUACAGGAUUUGUUUUAUCACAAGUUCCUACCACCACAGUGCACCGACUGGAUAUUAAGCAAUGGCAACAUCCAUAUUGCCCAAGCUUUGCAGCGGUGUUUCUGUAAAGAUCCGCUUGAACAGCAUUGAAACGGGCACCACCAAAUGGAAAGAAGGAACCUUUGAGAUUUUGGAAAAGGACAACAAAGUCAACCUGUGUCUAAGGUUCUGUAGUGGUGCUUCAAGAACUUUCCAGCUCACCCAGAAUGUGAAAGCAGUUAACCAGAAUGUGGGCCGAUUAAUGCUGAUUCUGAAGGACCACUGUGUCAUCAUUCUUGAUAAGAUGUCGCCAAGUUUGCUCCAGAAGACAAGAGACUGUCUGGAUAAGCUCAAGUAUGGAAAGCCAAUUCUGAAAUCAUCUCAUGGAAGUGCAAACUUCAGCGUGCUCGGAAACCGCUCUGUUAGAAACGAGACCAGUCCAACGAGAGAGAGAACGGCUGCACCAAAGCGACAGAAUCCAGAAGGCCGAGAGGACGCAACACCAAGAAGACCGCUGGGCAGUCCGAGUAGAGCAGCUGUCACUCCCACUCGCACUGGACUGUCUGAGAACAGAAGUGAAAAAAGAAAGAGACUCGUGAAUUCUGAAAGUGACCUGAGUGAGGACUACCCAAAGGAGAAUGACUCUUCAAGCAACAACAAGGCAACUUCAGAUCCAUCCAGAAAAUUUCUGCACAGCUGCAAAGAGAAGCUGAAGCAGAGCGAGGAGAACAGAACCUCAGCUCCAGGAAGUUCAACUCCACUACAGCCUUCGUCAUUCUACGGCAGAUCUGUAACUAAAGACUAUGGCCAGAGCCACUCUUUUCUGGACAGACCAUCCACCACCACCCAGACCACUGCGGCCAAGAGAAGCCUCAUGAUGCCCAAUCACUCCACUCCGUUCAAGAAGGUCCGUCUGUCUGUGGACUACGGCGGCUGGAACAAACAGAGACCCUCGACCCUGGCUCAGCCUCAGCCCCUCCUUCAAGGAUUUUCUAACUUGGGCAACACCUGCUACAUGAACGCCAUCCUGCAGUCUCUCUUCAGUCUGCCCUCCUUCUCCAAUGACAUGCUGAGGCAGAGCAUCCCGUGGAAGAAGGUGCCCAUUAACGCAUUGCUAAGACGUUUUGCUCACCUCAUGGUCAAGAAGGACGUCGGCUGUCCAGAGAUAAAAAAGGAUCUUUUGAGAAAAGUGAAAAGUGCCAUCUCCUCCACCGCCGAGCGAUUCUCUGGAAACAUGCAAAAUGAUGCUCACGAGUUCCUAAGCCAGUGUUUGGACCAGUUGAAGGACGACAUAGAGAAAAUGAACAAGAACGAAGCGUCAACGUCUUUGUCAACGUUAUCAUCAUCCUGCGAGAGUGGCCACGAAUCUACGACAGAGCCGGGCGAAGAGGCAGACAUUACCCGCAUCUACACCUGCCCUGUGGCUGUUAACAUGGAGUUUGAGGUGCAGCACACCAUUGUUUGCAAAGGCUGCGGCGAGGUGGUGACAAAGCGAGAGCAGUUCAACAACUUAUCCAUCGACCUGCCACGCAGGAAAAAAACUCUCCCGAUUCGCUCCGUCCAAGAUUCUCUGGAUCUCUUUUUCAGGAUGGAGGAAAUUGAAUACUCGUGUGAAAAGUGCAACGGAAAAGCAGCAACUGUUACACAUAAAUUCAGCAAACUGCCCAGAGUCCUCAUCCUCCACCUCAAACGAUACAGCUUUAAUGCUCAGCUGUCUCUGAACAGCAAGCUGGGCCAGCAGGUGGUGAUCCCCCGUUACCUUACUCUGCUGUCACACUGCACUGAAUCCACACGACCUCCUCUCGGUCUGGGCUGGAGUUCUCAACAGGCCUCUGUGUCAAGAACACUUGACACAUCGCAAACUGUUAACUCCUGCACAUCACCUGUCCGAAGGAGUGAAGGUAAAGAGUCCAACUCCAGCUGCAGCUCCACCUCUAUGGACACAGACAACGAGGACGAACCACACCGAAGGGUCAACUCUGGCCACAGGCGGCGCCUCAGCAGCUGUCUGCCUGAGAAGGAACAACAUGAAGAGCGUGGGGGCGCCAUAGAGUCAGCUGAGUUCAAUGGCAUUAAUGAUGACGAAAUGCUGGCAGCAGUGCUGGAGAUGAGCCGUCGUGAGGCCUGCCACUCGGCUCCUCCUCUCCUGGACGACGAUCCAACCAGCAGUCCUGACACGGGGUUUGGAGACACAGAUGCUCACGACCUGGCUUAUCACGCAGACCUGAUGGAAAACGACGGCAAACAGUCCGCAGAUAUGCUGGAUUCCUUGGAUCUGACCAUGGAUGAUAACAAGGAGAACCAGACUCCAGAGGAUGUGCAGCAGCACAGUGAACUCCAGCAGGCUUUGGCCCAGAGCCUCCAGGAACAUGAAGCCCAGGAGAUGAGGGAAGAUGAUGACCUGAAGAGGGCGACAGAGCUCAGUCUCCAAGAGUUGUACAACUCUCUGCCUGAACUGCUGUGCUCAGACGAUGAUUCUGGGAACGAGGACGUACUGGACAUGGAGUACACAGAAACAGAAGCUGAAAACCUGAAAAGAAAUGCUGAGAGUGGAGACCUGCCCAACUCCUUCAGACUCAUCAGUGUCGUCAGUCACAUCGGGAGCAGCUCCUCCUCUGGCCACUACAUCAGUGACGUCUACGACAUGAAGAAACAGUCCUGGCUGACAUACAACGACUUGGACGUGUCCCGUACGCAGGAAGCAGCCGUCCAACGAGACCGCGAUCGUAGCGGAUACAUUUUCUUCUACGUUCACAAGAAUGUGUUUGAACAGCUGUCAGAGAUGGAGAGAGCCGGAGGCAGCAGCACUUCAGAAGCAGGAAGGAAUGUGCUGCAGCCACUUUGAGCACUCGGUCUGUAGAUCGAAGUCCAACCAAAAACCCUUUACUGAACUCUGUAGGGGCGGUCCGCUGUGCCGAGGAACCUUUUCAGUACUACUGACCGUUUUCUUUUCAUGUCUUGUUUUUUUCUUUUCUUUUUUUUUUGCUCUGCCACACUUGUCUGGUCAGAUUUGCUCCAACAUGUGCUCAUUUUGCGUGGACCCUCCAGGAGAACGGAAGUGAAACGUUCCGUGGAUCAUAUUGUGCCUCCAUGUUAAUGGAGCUGGAUUUGUUUUAUAUUUUAUCAAAUAAUUGAUUUGUAAAGUUUCUUGAUGAACUUGAUGCCAAUUUUUUCAGACUCUUGAAUCUCCACCACUGAACAACAACAACAACAUGAACAACAACAGCUGCUGCUGCUUGUUCUCAGUGGAUUUUGACCCUUUAUAGCUACUAAAAACAUAUUCUAUGUUGGAGUAUAAGCUAAUCUAGAGGUAACUGGUUUGUAUUUAGCGGGAUCUUUUGGUGCAAUAUUUCUGUCGUGAUGAGUCGUGGCCAGUUGAAUCAGCUUUCUGUCCAGGUGUGGAUGUGUGGGGUUAAUUUUUUUUUUUUUGGUUUCUGUGUUUUAUUUGUAACAAUGUUUGUGUGACUGUCUCCAUUUAUUCAACACAGUUGUGUAGCUCAGUUACAGGUUUUCUCCACUGAGCUGUUCUCAGUUGAACCCACAUCAACCUUUUUGUGGGGGUUUCUGACCUUGUGCCUCACAAGAGAUCGUGUUCAAGCUUUACGUUGAAAGUUGCACAAACCUGUUGCUUUUUUUUUUUUUUAAAUGUCUGUCUGAAGUCAAUGUAUAAAUCAGAUUGUCUAUUUAUUUCCAGCCGUAGGUGAAAUGGUCACGAAGAGCCUAUCAGAUCGCACCGGGCAAAUCAAACCUUAAAA